ACUCCUGUCGUUUAAGUCAUGUGGCUUUGUUCUAGUUCAACAAACGUUAGACGUUGUCCUCAAACAAGUCGGGACGGGUCAACGUACCGAAAACCUUUAUGCAACACCCUGAUUGUCUGCUUCAGUGUGAAACGAAACUUGCGGCAAAGCAGUGGGAAUGGAGAAGUGAACCCUGUUUUUGGCAGGACUUUAAAAAGGAGAUUUGUUGUCGCAGACUUCAGAAGAGAGAAGCACAUUUUUGGACAACAUCACUUUGCAACCAGAAGGGAAGAAGACUCCUUCACUUGUGGUUGAAAAUGCUCGUACAUCGAAACCUAUUCACUGUGUGGCUUCUGCUACUUCUCCAUGUCUCUGGGAGUGCAUUCAAAUUCAACCUGUUUGAUAGAAAAAGGAACCCUGUGCUGCAGGAAGGUGACGUGAGGCUGUUUGGCGGCGGUGUUGCCGACGGCCGUGUGGAAAUCUACCACGAGGGGAAAUGGGGAACGGUGUGUGACGACGACUGGGACGUGGCUGAGGCCCAGGUGGUUUGUCGCCAGCUCGGCUUCCCCGGAGCCAAAUCUGUUGUCAUUGGGAAAGACUACGGAAAAGCGUCCGGACCUAUUUGGCUGGAUGAUCUGAGAUGUAAAGGCACAGAGAAUUAUCUCUCUACGUGUGCUUUCACAAGCUGGGCAGCGACCGACUGCAGCCACAAAGAGGACGUGGGAGUUAUUUGUGAACAGAGCGGCUCAAAUGUGACCAGCAGAGAUUCUCCAUACUCGCUGGACCACAGCAUCAGUCUGUCCGAUGAGCGCGGCCUGCUCUUCGACAGCGCGAUCGGCUGUGACUUCUCCAUCUCAGUCCAGAGCGCGACUGGAAACACGGAGGAAGGCGGGGCGCCGGAGGUCUUUGGUUCGACGAUUUGCGCACACAAAUUGAUCCUCUCACAGUUCCCACUCUUCAACGCCUCGGAGGGGACCACCGGCAUCACGGUCGACGUCGGCCACGCUUGCCUACCGCAUUUCUCCUCCUUCAUCAGGUACAUUUACACCCGCAAGGUGGAUGUGACCUUCUCCUCCGUGCAGUGCCUCCACUGGAUGGCUUAUACGUUUGGGGUGAAGCAGCUGAUGGAGGAAGCAGGCCGGCUGUUCACCAAAAUCCUCCCAGAGGACGCCUCGUUCCACACGCAGCUGUCCCUUUACGAAUAUGCAUCGGAGACUGGGGACUUUGUCCUCCAAGAGAACUGUAUUCAGUAUCUAGCCUGGAACUACCAAAAUCUGACCACCUCCCCUGCUUGGACCCGACUCUCCGUUGGACUGUUCGGAUCCCUCCUGCUGCGCUCAGACCUGGUGGUGCCGGAUGAAUAUUUUCUGCUUCAGACUGUGGAGAGCUGGAUCACAGAGAAGGGCAACUCGACCAGUUGGAAAACCCAGGCUGACCUGUUGAGCCGCGUUCGUUUCCCCAUGAUCCCCGCUGAGGCACUGUAUGACCUGGAGUCCAACUCCUCUCUCUACAGCACUCAUAGGAAUAUGUAUCGGGAAAUGGUGUUGAAAGCCUUCCAGUUUAAUGUUCUGCUCUUCAGCAAUCUGAUGUCCAACCCCAAGUUCGACAGAGAAGAUGAGGAUUACCAUCCGAGGAUCUACACCGCUGAGCCAUGGAGCAUCGAUCUGACUCUCCUCCAAAACCGCUACAUGUAUCGCAAUCAACGCGAUUCUACCCCCACCACGUGGCUCAACACACCCGUCCACAACAGCCUGAUCUUCAAGGGCAACAAGAUUCGCUGGGAGGCAAAUGUCUUCAAGUACCAACACGAAUGUUCAAACCGCGGCGUGAGAUGCGAGUCGUUCCCUUCAGCGAGGCUGGCGCCUCAAAACCGCCUCACUGAAUGGAGCAACAUCCUGUUUCGUAAUCGUCUCCUGCUGAUGUGCCAAGGCAAGUACAUCUGCCAGGUUCAGGACUUCAAGAACAACAUGGCGACCCUGAAUGGGACCCCGGUUCUUACCUAUCCCUGUCCUGAUGACCAAUACACCUACCGCUUUGUAGUCAGGCCGGAGUAUGUCUGAUCCAAAAGCAGCGCCAGGCUCAAUAUAUUCUGAUCAAUUUGUCUGCGUAUUAUUCAAUAGGUUGCAAUGAUGAUACAAUAUUAUGUGAUUUUUUUCUUUUUCAUAAAUCUUCAUUGAUGAGCUACAAAUGUGUCAUCUGGCUGUGAUUUAUUUCAUAUCAAGAAUCAUUUACUGUUUUUUUUUUUUUUUUUAACGGCAAAAUAAAUGAAGUCAUAUCUAGAUCCUU